AGUGAGCUAGAGCGGCAGGAGCCGUGAGACGUUUGGUGUGGGUGGUGGGUGUGGUGGAAUAGUAGUCAAGUGUUUAAGAACAGAAAAUGGGUUUAAAGAAGUUCCAAAUUGUUUUUGAUAAUCCUUGGUCAACAUAUUAUAGCGGUCAGCCAGUGACAGGCCGAUUGCUUUUGACUGUCGACUCUCCCAAAAAGAUCCGGGGUAUUGUUAUACAUUUUAAAGGGGAAGCAGCAGUUGAAUGGAGUGAAACUGAAACUAGAAGCAAACCCAGCACUCCUGCUGGCACUGGGAAUGAAGGCGGUGCUACCACUGCUUCAUCUGGCUCUGUUCAGAAUGUCACUGUGAAUUACUCGUCACAUGAACAGUACUUUGAAAACAAAUUUAAUUUGCUUGGUGGGAGCAGUGGUGAAAUUGAAAUGCCAGCUGGAGAGCUUUGCUACCCAUUUGCUACCCACUUACCGCCAAAUCUUCCUUCAUCUUUUGAAGGUGAACAUGGACAUAUUCGAUAUACAGUCAAAGCUAAACUGGAUCGGCCAUGGAAGUUUGACCAAGAAGCAAAGGCAGCAUUUACUGUUAUAUCUCCUUUAGAUCUGAAUACUCAUCAAACAGCAAAGGAACCAGUGAGGAAGGAGGUAUCAAAACACUUUGGUUUCUGCUGUUGGAGUUCAGGACCACUGACAAUGACCUUAUCACUGCCUGUUAGUGGUUAUGUUCCUGGCCAAGAGAUUCCCAUCACUGUUGAUGUUGAAAACAACAGUGAUGUACCUAUACGUGAAGUGAAAUGCACACUGAGAAAGCUACUGACUUUUACUGUGACAAAUCCCAAUAAAAGUACCAAAAAAGAUAACAUUAACAUUGGGGAAUUGGUUUUGGGUCCUGUUGAACCUCAUGGAACAAGCAGCUGGACACAAAUGUUGAAGGUUCCACCACUACCUCCAUCCAAUCUGAAUAACUGCAGCAUAAUUGAUUUGGACUAUGAUCUGAAAGUAAAAGCCAAAUCUUCAAAAUGGCACAGAGACCUUCAGACAACAACACCUAUUAUUCUGGGGACAAUUCCUUUGAUAUCUUAUCAACCACCCGUUGUCCCAGCUGGAGAAAAACCGCCUGGAGAGGUAAAUGGAGAAAACCCCAAUGUUCCUGCUGGCACAGGUAUUUCUCCUGCUGGUUACAAUGUACCACCACCUGCUAUGGAAGUACUUCAGGCCCCAGGAAAUACUGGCUGGAACAUGCCACCAUCUGAUCCCAAUGCAGAGUCACAGCCUAAUGUGCCUUCACAGGGACCAUCAUUAUAUCCAGACCUGUCACCACCUACUUUUUCUGAAAGCAUGUUUGGUCCGAAGAAUAUCAAGGAUGCAGGAGACAACCAGUAUACACAAGGCAAUUUGGAAUAUGCUCCACGUUAUCCAGUUUUCAAUUUUGAGAAUAAGUAAUGUUUUCCACCGAGGAAUGAUGUCCUCACUAACAUAUAUCUUCCUUGAUUAAGGAGAAACUGGAAUCUCUGAGCCAUAAAAACCCUACAUAAAGUAAUGUUAUGAUUAUCAUAAAAGUGAACCUCAAGAUAAUGUUAUGUACCAUAGAGAUUGUUUACUGAAUGGGGAAGUUUUUUGAACUGUUUUAUUAAGAAAAACUACUACUUAGCUUGAAAGUACAUGCUCAUCUUAUUUGGUGGUGAAGUUAUGAGCAAGAAGCCUAAGCACACUGUUGGCUGUCACGUGUCGUAGUGUGAAAUAGAAUUUUAUCCAAAUGUAGUUGGAGAGUUGAUGUAAGUUGGCAGUUUCUCUUGUUGCCUAAAGAAUAUAAAGCAAGAAUUGGAAGUGGUUCCAUUUGUUCACUGAUAUAGAAGAUACACUGACCUACAUUGUCUUUGUCAUUAUAACAUGAAAAUUAGUUAACAUCCAUGUACUUAUUGUCUGUCAAUAUUGCAACACUUGUUUAUUCACUACUUAAUUUUAGUUUUAGUUCGACAUUAUACACUUUGACACUACAUG